GUAAAACAUUUGUAGCUUGUUCUUACAACACUUGCUUAGAACUUAAACUUGUCAUUUCGAUGGCUGCAUUCAUCAGUAAAGUUUGCAUCGGCAAUCAUUGUUAACAUCUGCGGAAUCACCUCCUGUCAAAACCAGAAUUUCGAGGAUGUCUGGAUAAAAAAGGAAAAUCCACGUUUUGAAGAAAUAAGUGAAUGUGAAGUUAUUUACCUUGAAUGUGAAACAUGGCCAGUGAAGUUUCAGGGAAAAUAUUAAAAUACCUGAUAGGAAUCAUCAUGGCUAUCCUGCUGACCCAUGUGUGUGUUGUGGAAAUCAGAAAUAUUUUAGGAUUCAGCUUCACAGAUGGGUCAGCGCAUCAUAUAAGACGAAGAAGUGCAGAAAUUACUGAAUGUGUCAACUCCUCGUUGGUGUGUGGGCCGAAUGCUAACUGUUCCAAUUACAAUGGAAGCUAUUCAUGCUCAUGUUGGGAAGGAUAUAACGUUACAAAGAUGAAUGAAACCCUUGAUAGCAGUAACCCGUGCAUAGAUAUAGAUGAAUGUCAAUUCGGUCCAUCUGUAUGUGGUACAAAUGCCAUCUGCACAAAUGAAAUGGGAAGUUACAAUUGCUCAUGUCUGGAUGGAUUCACUGCAACAAACUCAGGUCUCCCCAUGAGCACCAAUAACACAUGUACAGAUAUAGAUGAAUGUCAAUUCGGUCCAUCUGUAUGUGGUCCAGAUGCCAUCUGCACAAAUGAAAUGGGAAGUUACAAUUGCUCAUGUCUGGAUGGAUUCACUGCAACAAACUCAGGUCUCCCCAUCAGCACCAAUAACACAUGUACAGAAAUUACUGAAUGUGUCAACUCCUCGUUGGUGUGUGGGCCGAAUGCUAACUGUUCCAAUUACAACGGAAACUAUUCAUGCUCAUGUUGGGAAGGAUAUAGCAAAAAUGUUGCAAAUAUGAAUGAAACUAUUAAUAGCAGUAACCCGUGCAUAGAUAUAGAUGAAUGUCAAUUCGGUCCAUCUGUAUGUGGUCCAAAUGCCACUUGCACAAAUACAAUGGGAAGUUACAAUUGUUCAUGUCUGGAUGGAUUCACUGCAACAAACUCAAGACUUCCCAUCAGCACCAAUAACACAUGUGCAGAAUGUGCCUAUGCCUCGUCGGUGUGUGGACCGAAUGCUAGGUGUUCCAAGUACAACGGAAGCAAUCCAUGCUCUUGUUGGGAAUUACAUAACCUAACAGACAUAGUUGGAUAUAUUCAAAACUAUAAUCCAUGCAUAGGUUGUAUGACCAGAUGGUUUGACCUUGGCCCAACUGGGUAUUACAUAAGUGCUAACUAUAUGAAGUUGGCCGAGCUAUUCUAUAACAAAUACUCCAGAGAAAUAUGUCUGAAUCCAAUAACAAUAGAGGCUCAGAUAAUCGUUGUUCAACCAACAUCUUACAUAUAUAAGGUGCGCCUCAGCUGCCCAAAUGAAUGGUGUUUAAAUGAAAAUAAAUGUCUGUUCAGUCCAUCUGUAUGUGGUCCAAAUGCCAUCUGCACAAAUGAAAUGGGAAGUUACAGUUGCUCAUGUCUGGAUGGAUUCACUGCAACAAACUCAGGUCUCCCCAUCAGCACCAAUAACACAUGUACAGAAAUUACUGAAUGUGUCAACUCCUCGCUGGUGUGUGGGCCGAAUGCUAACUGUUCCAAUUACAACGGAAACUAUUCAUGCUCAUGUUGGGAAGGAUAUAACAAAAAUGUUACAAAUAUGAAUGAAAAUAUUAAUAACAGUAACCAGUGCAUAGAUAUAGAUGAAUGUCAGUUCGGUCCAUCUGUAUGUGGUCCAAAUGCCACUUGCACAAAUACAAUGGGAAGUUACAAAUGCUUAUGUUUGGAUGGAUUCAUUCCAACAGUCUCAGAUCUCCCCAUCAGCACCAAUAACACAUGUAGAGAACUACUCUUUACAGACUUCUUGUUUGAAUUUGAGCUGGAAUCAUCAAGGAUCACUGUGAUCAAUGAGAUGAGGCAAUAUCUGCAGAACAUCACCUUUCCACUUCAGUUUAGUGAGGUGGUUGAAGUAUUAGAUGUGGACAUCACAACAGUGUGCAAUUUUAGUGACAGUGGAUACAAGUGCAUAUGUGAGGACCAAUACUUCUGGCCGUGUGAUAAAUGCAAAGAAUAUGGGAGCUGUGACAGCAUUAUUAACAACACGUGCAGCUGCAUCAAUAAUAUUCCAAGUGACAGACAGUUCUGUCAAGCAGUCAGCGAGAUAACAAAUAACACGGCAUGCGGGCAACCAACAUCAGAAUGUGCCUAUGCCUCGUCGGUGUGUGGACCGAAUUCUAACUGUUCCAAGUACGACGGAAGCAAUCCAUGCUCUUGUUGGGAAGUACAUAACCUAACACACAUAAUUGGACCUAUUAAUAACUAUAAUCCAUGCAUAGGUUGUAUGACCAGAUGGUUUGACCUUGACCCAAGUGGGUAUAACAUAAAUGUUGACUAUAUGCAGUUGGGCUAUCUAUUCUAUGGAAAAUACUAUGCAGAAAUAUGUCUGAAUCCAAUAACAAUAGAGGCUCAGACCAUUAUUGUUCAAGUUCAACCAGCAUCUUACAUAUAUAAGGUGCGCCUCAGCUGCCCAAAGGAAUGGUGUUUAACAUCAUCAUCAACACCACCACCAAUAUUAACACCUCCAACAACAGCAAACACAUCAGUUCCAAUAGAACCAUCACCAACAACAGCAGCAACAACAGUUCCAACAGUACUGUCAUCAGUACCCUCAACAACAAGAACAACAGCAGCAGCAACAACAGAUAUUGGAAUGCGAAUGACAAUAGUGCAGGCUUUUGACUUAGGACUUGCUGACCCUAAUAGCGAGACUUAUAAAAAAUUAUCUGGACUAAUUCAGUCAACAAUUGACACAAGUUAUACUAAUAAGCUAACUGGCUACAUUACUGGUUCUACAAAAGUCUCUGGCUUCAGGCCUGGUAGUGUUUUAACAGACUACACAAUACGUGCAACAUCCAACAGCCUUGAUUUUGCAGCAGCAAACAAACAGCUUUCUGACUCUCUAAAGGCAAACGGAAUAAUUUUACCUGAAGAUGCCUUUGCUCAAAGUGAUCAAACAGUCUUCGUAACAGAUCAGUUAUAUCCUCUGCAAAAGGUGGAUCUGAACUGCAAACAGACAGACUUUGCAAGUGGACCAAUAAAAUGGAAAGUGGGUGACAAAGAUCCUGCACUAGACACCACAAAAUACUUACUUUCAAAUGACAACAGAACUCUCACUGUGAAAAGCACUAGUGAAAGUGACAGUGCUCAAUAUUCAUGCAUUAUGCAAAAGAAUGCAAUUCCAUACAUUCAGUGGCAAAACAUUGUUAUUAAACAACGUCCCAGUAUCAUUGUGGGAGAAAAAUACCGUGUUUUUCCAUGUGAUGGCAGCAGUUUCCAACUGAAAUGUUCUGUUGAUGUUGGCUACAAUCUCGAGUGGGUCCUGGAUGGAACAGUACAAAUUGCAGGAUCUGACAGUAUCACAUUAAACUAUAAUACUCAAAGCGGAAAUUGUACAGAGAAAACCUUUACAUGUCGUCUUAAGGAUCUGCCACAACUACAGGUUUACAGCUAUAGCUAUAGCAGCAUCACAGUUAGCGUAAGCCCAGAAAAAUAUGACUGUCGAAAUGAAGAACUUGGAGUUGGAAAAACAGAUGAAGUGAAGACAGGAGUCUGUGGAAAAGGCAAUAAAGGCACCAUAGCUUACAAAUGUCAAUCAAAUGUUUGGAAGUCAGUAGAGGACAACUGUGUACUUGAAAUCAUCGUUACCCUUAGUAAUACACUUGAGACCUUGACUGUGGAUGGAAUUCCAGUGUUUAUGGCUAACCUCAGUAUUGCCACAUCAGAGAAUAAUAUUAAUAUAACCCAGUCUGCUGCUACUAUCAGAACAAUUGUUAACAUGCUCUAUAAAGUUGCUGACUUGGCUCAGUCUGCUGCAAUCAAUAAUCUAGUUAUGGGGGAUUUCCUAAACACAGUGGACAAUAUUGUCUCCAGUAAUGUCAGUGCUACAUGGAACAAACUGAACAAAGACAACGAGACAGAAAAAACCAGCAUCAAACUUCUAAGCGCUAUUGAGAAUAUAAGUGACCGUCUCACAGAUGAGUUUGCAAUUAAUCAAACAUCCAUUCAGCUGAACAGAGCCACAAUUAAAAACUCAUUCAAUAUAACAUCAGCACUGCCAAACUCAACUACGGAGAUUGUGAUACCACAGGUUCCUCAAGAGACUAUUGUAACCAUCAUAAUCUUCUCAACUCUUGACAACGUCCUACCUUCUCGAGGUACUAAUGACAGCAGGAAAUCAGAUGUGCGCAUUAAUGGAGAUGUGGUUGUUGUUAAGGUUAAUGAAACAAUUAACAACAUUUCUUUUGCAUUUGACAUUACUAAUCAGUCUUUGGGAAAUCCUGAGUGUGUCUUUUGGAACUUUAGUCUCAACACAUGGGAUUCCACUGGAUGUCAAGUGAAGCGGAACAACACUGGCAACAUUACAUGUGAAUGCAACCACACAACCUCUUUUUCAAUCCUAAUGUCACCGUUUUUAGUUGAUCACAUAGCCUUAGCCUAUAUAACUUACAUUGGUGUAACUAUUUCAAUGGCCAGUUUGAUUAUAUGCCUCAUCAUUGAGGCUAUCGUAUGGAAAUCAAUAAGCAGAAAUGACACAUCCUACAUGCGACAUGUCUGCAUAGUCAACAUUGCCGUGUCCCUGCUGGUUGCAAACAUCUGUUUUAUCAUUGGAGCUGCAGUCGCAGAACAAGAACAGCCAACCUCAGUGGGUCGCUGCACUCCAGCGGUUUUCUUCAUGCACUUUCUUUACCUGGCUCUUUUCUUCUGGAUGUUAAUUUCAGCGCUGUUGCUCUUUUACCGUACAGUCAUGGUCUUUUCUCAGAUGUCAAGGGCUAAAAUGAUGGUCAUUGGCUUCAUAGUCGGUUAUGGUGCACCUUUGCUCAUAGCGGUCAUCACUGUUGCAUCAACAGCUGGACCGCAAAAUUAUAUUUCCAAAAGAAAUGCGUGCUGGCUGAACUGGUCUGAGUCUAUGGCCCUGCUGGCAUUUGUGAUUCCAGCUCUCACUAUUGUAGCCAUAAACCUUCUGGUUUUGAUUGUGGUUCUGUACAAGAUGUUGAGGAGAGGAGUUGGUUCCGCAACUCAACCAGAUGAGAAACAUGCCCUGGUGGUCAUUGCCAGAUGUGUGGCCUUUUUGACUCCUAUUUUUGGUCUAACAUGGGGAUUUGGAAUUGGAACAAUGGUGUCACAAAAUUUAGGCAUUCAUGUGGUGUUUGCACUCCUCAAUUCACUGCAGGGAUUCUUUAUCUUGGUGUUUGGAACACUUUUAGACAGCAAGGUUCGCGAAUCACUACCAGGAAGAGGGUUGCUACAGAAACUCACUUCCAACCAAACCAAUAGCACCAGUGCGGGACCAUCAUCCACAUCUGGACUGAAUGUCUUUCAAAGGAUGCGACGGAGGAAUGUGUACAAUGUGUCUGAACCCAACAAUGCAACAGUUACAGACAGCUCCAACGGCUCAUAUAACGUUAUGAACACUUAAAUGUUUUGUAUGUUCUGAGAUGAUUAGUGUAAAAUAAGGUUUCAAAAUGAUUUUUUACUUUAUUGUGUAAUAUAUGGUGAGGACUUUAAUUUAUACUUGAAAAAUUGGGGUAUUUUUCACAACUCAAGUAUUUUUUUCUUUCUUUGUGAAAUUGACUUCUUUUAUAUCAGACAUUUUAAAGGCGUUGUUCACCAGUUGGUUUAAUUAAAUCCUGUUUUUUGCUUAGUUAUGAUAAAUUCCAAAUGUUUCUACCAAUAAUUAGCAAUGUUAUGAUCAGUAAUCAAAUGCUUCUUCAUGUUGUAUUUACUUAAGUAGUUAUCUUGGAAAACUCAUUUUAUAUUA